AUGGCGCUCUGGUUGACUGUGGUCAUUGCUCUCACCUGCUUUGGUGGCCUCGCCUCCCUGGGCCCUGUGCCUCCCUCUACAGCCCUCAAGGAGCUCAUUGAAGAGCUGGUCAAUAUCACCCAGAACCAGAAGGCACCCCUGUGCAAUGGCAGCAUGGUGUGGAGUGUCAACCUGACGGCCAACAUGUACUGUGCAGCCCUGGAAGCCCUGAUCAACAUCUCCAACUGCAGUGCCAUCCAAAGGACCCAGAGGAUGCUGAGCGCACUCUGUCUUCACAAGCCCUCAGCUGGGGUUUCCAGCGAGCACAUCAGAGACACCAAAAUUGAAGUGGCCCACUUCUUAAAAGACCUGCUCAAACAUUCAAGGAUCAUUUUUCACUACAGAAAAUUCAGCUGA